UUGAAGGCAACACGACAUUUCAUAAACUUUCAUUGGGGCUUGAGCCGUGAGGAAGGUACCAUGUCUGCACUUUGUAAAGCUAGAAAAGUUCUAGACUUGUGUCUUACUGGCUGCCGGAGUCUGUCACAGCUGGCGGAGCUGCCAGAGACCCAUCAGUUACUGAGGCAGACCUGCAGAGACUACGCAGACAGAGAACUGGCCCCCAUCGCUGCCAAACUUGAUAAAGAGCAUGUUUACCCUGCUAAACAGGUAAAGGAGUUGGGGGCGAUGGGUGUGAUGGCCAUGGAGGUCCCAGAGGAGCUUGGUGGAGCAGGGAUGGACUGCCUGGCUUACAGUCUGGCGAUGGAGGAAAUAAGCAGAGGCUGUGCUAGCACGGGCGUCGUGGUCUCUGUUAACAAUUCUCUCUACAUCGGACCAGUUCUGAAGUUUGGUACAGAAGAGCAGAAGAAGCAAUGGAUCACCCCCUUCACUACUGGAGAGAAGGUGGGCUGCUUUGCCCUCAGCGAGCCAGGUAAUGGCAGUGAUGCUGGCGCUGCCUCCACCGUGGCCUGUCAGGAGGGAGAGGAGUGGGUGCUGAACGGAACCAAAGCCUGGAUCACCAAUUGCUGGGACGCCUCCGCUACGGUCGUGUUCGCCACCACAGACAAGAAGCUCAAACACAAGGGAAUCAGCACCUUCCUGAUCCCCAUGCCACAUCCUGGACUUUCUCUGGGGAAAAAGGAGGACAAGCUGGGCAUUAGAGCCUCGUCCACUGCAAACAUCAUACUGGAGGACUGCAGAAUCCCACUAAACAACAUGUUGGGCCCACGCGGUGCUGGAUUCAAGAUUGCUAUGCAAACCCUAGACAGCGGACGGAUCGGCAUCGCAUCCCAGGCUCUCGGCAUCGCUCAGGCUUCCCUGGACUGCGCCGCCGACUACGCACACAAGCGGACUGCAUUUGGAGCGCCCAUCGGCAAGCUGCAGGCCAUACAGUUUAAACUGGCGGACAUGGCCGUGGCUAUAGAGAGUGCUCGCCUGCUCACCUGGAAAGCUUCACUGCUUCGAGAUGCAAAGAAACCCUUUACUAAGGAAGCAGCCAUGGCCAAACUGGCAGCAUCUGAGGCUGCCACUUUCUGCUCACAUCAGGCCAUUCAGAUUCUGGGCGGGAUGGGUUAUGUGACGGACAUGCCCGCCGAAAGACACUACCGCGACGCUCGCAUCACAGAGAUCUACGAGGGCACCAGUGAGAUCCAGAGGCUGGUCAUCGCUGGCCAGAUACUGAAGGAAUACCAGUCAUAGAUGUGGCUUUGCACAACACAGACCCUUAAUUCUGGAUGAAAUUCAGUUUUUAUACUUUCUUCAGUGGAACAAGGCCUUUAUGCUGAGGCUUGAAGAGAACCUUCAGGGGGUCGUAAACCAGCAAGACCUCAACAGUCUCAUGUCUGCAAGAAAUUCUGGCAUUAACUGAAACAAAUCCUCACUGCCUUCGACCUAGAGGAAAUCAGACCUCUAGGUUUUUCUGGCCAGUUCUCACACAUUUAAAAUCGGGCAUAAUUUCUCCAAGGCUGAUCUUCUUUGAGUCAAAUGUUAAAUGUAGUUGUUGAAGCUUUUAACAUAGAUGUUUCCUUCAUAUGUUGACUUUGUAAAGUUUUCUCAGAAUCCUUGCACCGUGUUGUGGGUGUGUUUUAAUCUGCUGUAACAAAUCCUUCAAAGCCCUGCUGAAACAAGAACUGCUCAUCAUGUACCAUUCAGGAGUUCAACCACCAGGGGGCUACAGAGUGCCUUCGUGCAUCUUGACCCAUUUCUGCAUUCAGGACUGAUUGUGUAAUGAGCCCACUGUGAUCACACUUGCAGAUGAUCAGAAUGUUUAGUUCUCGGGGUGGCUAACGGGUAGCUGUGUUAAAGAUGGUCUGAUUUAAACAGUUUUGGUUCAUUACAUGAAGGUGUGUGAUGAUACACCAUGUGUCUGCUUCACAGCUUUCAGCGCUCAACAUGUACAUAUUUGAUGGUAAUUUAUUGUGGUCAGAUGUUAAAAGAAAAAUAAAAAAGGAAAAAAACCUGAAA